UUCCAAGUCGUACGUAUUGCAUGGAACGACGUUAAGCUAAUACGUAUUUAUUAAUUGUCUAAUAGAAAACUGUGAAAAUGAGCCGCAAGGUCCUAGCGGAUCGCAUUGCGAAACACUUGUGUUAGAGGGGGCACGGCUCGCCGUCGUGCACGAUACAUACGAUAUGUGUAUAUAUAAUAUAUAUAAGUGUAUAUAUAUAUAUGUAUAUAUAUGUCAGCACGAUAGUGUGUUCGCGGAUCGUGUAUGCAGAAGCGUUUAAAUAUUAAUCACAUUACGGAUGUUUUUGCUCGUGUGACGCGCGCGUAAUAGACGAAACGGUUAUCAAGAUGUCACGGAUGUACAGACAUAACGAGAAUGGAAAUCCGUGCUAAAUACGGAUCGCACAACUUGCAAAUAAGCAGCGCCGAUGGACGCGGCCAUGUUUUCUGGUAGCAGAAAUCUUACCCAUUAAUAAUUCGUUAAUCGUCGACCACGAAGUGGAGUGUGCAGAAUGCCGAAAUGCAGUGUGAAGACAAGGUAUCUACCAGCUACGUUUGCCUGGACAGUCCUACUCAGCAGCACGACACUUUUCUUCUGUUUUCCGUGCCAGUAUUAUGUGUUUCGAUGGGGAACAUGGGUGCCUGUACUUCAAGGAGUCAUUACCUUUUUUGUUUUGGCAAAUUUCACAUUAGCGACAUUCAUGGAUCCAGGAGUUAUACCAAAAGCACCUCCUGACGAAGACCGAGAGGAUGACUUUCAUGCUCCCUUAUAUAAAAGUGUAGAAAUCAAUGGGAUAACAGUUCGUAUGAAAUGGUGUGUCACAUGCAAGUUUUAUAGACCUCCACGUUGUUCACAUUGUAGUGUUUGCAAUCAGUGUAUCGAGACAUUCGAUCAUCACUGCCCAUGGGUAAAUAACUGCAUUGGAAGGAGGAAUUAUAGAUUCUUUUUUUUCUUUCUAUUGUCCCUAAGUCUUCACAUGCUCAGUAUAUUUGGGCUCUGCCUAUAUUUUGUAUUGGAGCGUAAACAACAGUUGGGUGAAGUGGAUACAAUUGUUGCACUCGUACUCAUGGGAGUGGUUAUACUUUUGUUCAUUCCAAUUUUUGGACUGACUGGCUUUCAUGUAAUACUUGUUUCUAGAGGACGUACAACAAAUGAACAGGUAACGGGUAAAUUUAAUGGAGGCUACAAUCCUUUUUCUCAUGGUUGCUUACACAAUUGCUGUUAUACGCAAUUUGGACCACAAUACCCCAGUUUAAUUAAGCCUGAAAAGUAUUCAGGAAAACGACGAGGAGUUUCGACGUCUGAGAUAUCGACUAUAGGCAGUGAGAACCAGGUAAAAACCUACAUGGAUAGCAGCAAUGGUGUUAGAAAUGCCAGUUCAAAUGCUUACAAUAAGUUGUCUCCUGGACGAGAUGGGUCGGAUACAGACAUGGAACCCACUGCAUCUCAGUCUGCGGAUUGCGAACCCACACCUCCACUACAGAGACAUGGCUCCAAAAGCAAUUUCUUCCUGCCACCUGUGGAGAACAGUGAAUCUCCCAGGCAUCCACCGCCAUCGCAACAUCGCCAUCCAAUGCAUUACACUAGAGGCAGUCCCCAUACAAGGCCAAGGUACGUUGUCAAUACCUAUAGGGGAAUGAACGGCUCUCGAAGCCAUACACCUGAUCCAUUAUCGCCAGAAGCAAGCGGAUCACCUGCCACAGCUUCCCAAAGAGGUCAAGGACAAGGAGGUGCUAGUCCAACAACACAACGGAUUAAAGCUAUCGGAGUACCUACUCCACUUGCCAUUUCCAGUCCCAUUCGCAGAUCGAACCCAGGUACGCCGACGCAGGUUCGUCGGCCAGAUUUUAUAGGAGUGAACGACACACCAACGUAUUAUGAUGUACAGCAAGGGAAUAAUACCGGUGUUGGUGCUGCUAGCGGUGCCGUAGUAGCCGGUUACAGUCCACAGCGUCGUUUUUUGUCGGAAAGUGAGCUCGUUCGUCAAGGUACCGAUCAUUCGUACUCAAGAACUAACAAUACCGUUGACAACAUUCGAGAGUUAGCGGGUUCACCUCAGCGUGGUGUCUACAUGUGGAAAGAUAAUUCACCCGGCAGCUAUCCAGCUCCAGCUGGUACGACGGCAAACUCAACGACGCAUCAGUCGCCGUCGCAAAGACCUCCACCGUCGUCGUACGAUUAUUAUCGUUCCAACCCAACAAGUCCCACUCAACAAUUAUACGCCAAUGCUCCUAGAGCAGCUUAUCAUCCUGCGAUGAGGGGUGGAGUGCCAGUCUUCCCACCACAUCAACAGUCACCUCAGGUGAAACGAAAAGCCACCAUGGCGACACCGACCACACCUACGUCGGGCGAUACGCGUCGCAGACCAAUGUCGUUUGUUAGAGCCUUAGAGAUGACCGAUUCCAUGGAAAUGGUCUCAGCACCUAACGAUAACAGAUCACAGCGACCCACCACGCCGACGCCGGAUCGUGCUAGUGUCUACGAUAUGAACUACGAAAUAUCUGUAUAGCCCAGCUUUACGGUCUCCGCACCAACCUGCGGCUGGACGGAGAUUGUACAAGAAUUGCCGGCAACGUUACGCGUUUCCUGUCCCAAAGAGGAAAGAACGUACGCCGCCUACGAGAUAUCCGUCUGAAUUAUCGUAUCGAAGCAGCUAAACAUUCUAUGUCAAAUGAUAUUAAUCCGGUCGAGGUAUCGUAAGUUCUUCCGGUCCAAGCAUUGAUCCAUUAUCGAUACUUUAUUGAAACGGAGCCGAUUAUUUUCCUGAUCGAACGAUGGACUUUGAUACGACGUAUCAUUCGUUACUACUUGUGGAACGAUUACCGACAAAUCUGGAGAGUUUCCGUGGAAAGAAGAUAUCGGUGUUCAAUUAUUUUUCAUCAGAAACUGGCUAAUAUAGGAAAAGUGUUAUUAGGUCUUAUUUCGCGUUGGACGAACGACGAUGCAUAAGAUUAAUAUAAAGUUUCGGUUCAACGCGAAGUUUACCGUCAACGUAAGACUGUUGUGUCAUGUUACUAGCAAUAUUUUUGAUUUAACCGUUGUUUAACGAUGAACAUUCGAUCCGACGUGUACACGAGACGAAACGUGUUCAUUUAUCCGAGGGAAAUAAUAAGAGAAGCGUUCGGACCGAUUGACGAUCGAAGUAAUCGAGUCACGAAAAGCGUCAACGAAAGUAAUUCCGAACGCUUAGAGAUAAUUCGCUAAGCGAAACCCUUGCUAAAGAUCGAGCUUGUCUCGCUUAGCAGCAAAUAAUUCUAUUUUUUAGUACACAGUAAGGUCAGUUUAGAUUUUUAUACCAUGAUGUCGUGACUCAAUUUCUAGAAACGCAGCAUCGGUUGAUUCCCGUUCCUUCCGUUUUCCUCUUCUUUGUCUAUCGUAUACAUACGAGUAAACUAGUAACAAAAAACAUAGGGAUUAUUCUUGCGUGCAUUCUUUGGGCUCGAUUUUGAUCGCGCGUGUGUUCUUUGUUUCUCUGAGAGAAGAACGGAGAUCAAAAUCGAGUCUGCCCGGUGUAGUCUCCUAUCUUCGUUGAUGCGAGAGCGAUUUGUGUCCAUUUAACAAAAGGUUACUUAAUCGACUUAAGUCAUUAUCAGGAUAGAAUAACAAAUUCUGUGUAAAAUAAUCGUGAAAUGUGUAGUAAAUUUUUAAUAUACAUAUUUAACAAUAUUUAUACGUAAAUAAUAAGACUUUACAAUGAUUUCAUUUGUUUGUUAUAAAUGAUAAUUUUAUCGAUGUGACCACUAAUACGAUCAAUUGGAUUUUUACAAGUAAAAGAGAAUAGUUAACGAAAAAUAUAUGAGAGAGAAGAAUGUGUGAAUGAGUGAAAAAAACUAGUUGUAUGAAUGAAUGUAUACCAGGAAAACAUUAGAGUAUUAUAUGAAAGAAGAAAGAAGAAGAGUGACAGAUCGGCGUGUUUCAAAUGUUUACAAUGAUGGGUGAUCUACUCGAUGGAAAAAAAAGAAGAAAAUAUACAAAAUCUCGCCAACAGACUUUGUUAAAAAAGAAAAAAGGAAAAAGGCAAAUAGGGGAAUACAAUUUUGUAAUAUAUACAUAUUGCAUAAAUUUAUUGGUAUAUCUACUGCUAUUACUAAGUUUGUAAUAUACCCCGCUUUUAAAAAGUUGCAUGCCGGUUUCUGUAUUAUGUAUUUGUAUGCGAGACCAAUAUUACUAUUUAUGCAGGCUUAAUGAAUAACUGCGAACCGUGUAUGCGUAAGGUAAUCGUGAAAUAUGGCGUGUCCGUUUACCUUACGACGAAUUGAUAAUCGAAUUAUUAUUGUUAAAAUAGCACAUAUCGUUCAGCUAAAGGGCUUAUCGAACAUCGAAUAUUUCCAGGCUAAAGGGGCGUUUUCUCGACAAAUAUCCUAUAUUUGGUAAAACAGAAAAAGGAAAAAGAAAUGGAUAUACUGCGAUUAUUAGUCAUAUUUCUUCCAAUGUUGGCGCUACUGUUAAAAAGAAACGCGUUACUCAUUCCUUCUCUAUUUGAGUUACAUAUAUUGUUGUUUUACUUUACAAUGAGCUGUGCCAAAAUAAGGAAACAUACGAUUUUCCAUAUUCCACAUUAAUUACGUAGUUUUUACACACAGAGGGCACUCGAAGAAAAAGAGCAAAAAGAAAAAAGGAACAAGAAGCAAACAAAAAACUGGUACAACAAUAAAACGAAUUGGUUUAGAGGAUUAUGUGUAAGGUGUGACGAAUGUUUAGUGUUUAUAAUUCGGUGUACUUGUACAUAAAUAUUGCUCGUUAUUAUCACUUAAAUGUACAUACAUAUACAUUUCGGUACUUACGUAUCGCUGCAGCAAUUUACAAAAAUAAAUCCAUGAAAUAUAAGCUAA